GAAGCUGCGAUCAACUACACCGCUGGAAUUCUGGUGUUGCUCAACUCCAUGCUCAUGCUGCUGGAACUUGAAAUCGAAGGCGGAGCGAUCGGCAAAGAGUUGGGCAUGCGGACGGAUUCCGCCAAAUUGUCAGAUUGGCAGCCGGUCUUCCGAUUCCUGGACGGUUGUUUUGUCUUCAUCUUCCUCUUCGAGCUCCUCAUUCGCAUCGGUCUGGAACGACGAAAGGUGCUGCAUGAUAUCGCGUUUUGGUUCGAUGCCUUUCUGGUGAUUGCUGGCCUGUUCGAUAUGUUUGUGAUCCUCCCCAUGAUUCAAAGCGACGGCUUCGGAGGAGAACCGAAGAACAUCGUGCUGCUGCGCCUGGUGCGGGCGCUGAAGGCCUUCCGCGCUAUGCGUAUGGUGAGGACCUUGAGGUUGUUCAAGGGCUUGCGGCUGUUGGUGAAAGCCUGUCAGUGCUUUCUUCCCUCAUUGGGCUGGGCAAUGGUGCUGUUAACGGUCUUCAUGUCGAUGAGUGCCUUAAUCCUGGCCACCCUACUGCAGGAUUUCAUCUCAAAUCCGGUGAACCACUUGGAGGAUCGCGAAUGGGUCUGGAUGCGCUAUGGUACCGCAUACCAUGAGUGGUUUAUGAAGGUCACUUGGGAUGACUAUGACUAG